CUUGAAUGAAUCGUCUUUUUGACAAGUUGUUCGUCCGUGCCAGAAUCGCUACAAGCAAGGUUUUGCAGGUAAUUUUGCCAAAAACUCUUUCGGUCAACCAUCAUGGGUCACGGAUUCGGUGAGCUUGCAAAGGUACGUGGAAUAGUUACCCACAAAAUCUCUCCAUUCGAGCAACGCGCCUUUGCGAAUGUGAUCAGCAAGGGCGUACCAAAUACGUUGCGACGAAUUCGCUCGCAAAUCUUCAUCGUCACACCGCCGUUCAUCAUGGGAUACAUGGUCUACAACUAUAUCGAAAACCUGCAUACCCAAAUCAAUCGCAAGAACCCAGCCGAAUUUGAGAAUGAUUCGUAAGCUUACGUUCGUACUAAAAUGUUGCAAAAGUGUAGCAGUGUAAUAAAAAUGGCAACAACCUAACUAAAA